UUUGUCAGUUUACUCAAAUAUUGCAAGGUUGUGGUUUAAUUGGUCAGAUGUUCAAGGAUAUUACUUACUGAUUCAUUACUUUGUAUGUUCCAAAUUGUUGCACGCCAAAAACACAUUAUCUUCAAUGGCGAGUAGUAGUACAUCUUCUCCAACUCUGAAUAUACUUAACCGUAACGCUAAUAAACUCCAUUUCCCAUGGCUUCCUGAGAGAAAACCAUUACAAACUAUUAUAAACCUCAACUUCCUUUCUUUCCUCUCUUCCUCUAGGACCAAUAAUAAUGCCACCAUUUUCGUAAGGUCGUCGUCUAUAUCGACGACGGACGUGUUCACUAACGACGAUGAUAUAGAAAGAAUCAAGAGGCUACAGAAUGGGUCGGACGUUCGAGGGGUGGCGUUGGAGGGUGAGAAGGGUCGUGAAGUCGACCUUACGCCACCGGCUGUGGAGGCCAUUGCGGAGAGUUUUGGGGAGUGGUUGAUAGCAAAGUUGAGAGACGAUGAUGAUUAUAAGGAGAAACAAGGUGUAGAUGUUGUUAAGGUGUCAUUAGGAAAGGAUCCUCGAGUAACGGGUGCCAAGUUGAGUGUAGCUGUGUUUUCUGGUCUUGCUAGAGCUGGUUGUCUUGCUUUUGAUAUGGGCCUUGCUACUACACCCGCUUGUUUUAUGAGCACUGUUUUUCCUCAUUUUUCUUAUCAUGGCUCUAUCAUGAUGACAGCGUCACAUUUACCAUACACAAGAAAUGGGCUAAAAUUUUUCACAAGAAGAGGAGGGCUUACUUCACUUGAGGUGGAAGAGAUAUGUGAUAGAGCUGCACGAAAGUAUGCUAAUAGGCAAGCCAAGGUUUCCCUAACUUUAAUUAAUCCUCCCACUAAAGUAAAUCUCAUGAGCGCUUAUGCCAACCAUCUACGAGAUAUCAUCAAGGAGAGAAUCAACCAUCCGACUAACUACGACACCCCCCUCCAAGGGUUUCAGAUCAUUGUUAAUGCUGGAAAUGGUUCAGGAGGAUUUUUCACAUGGGAUGUGUUAGACAAGCUUGGAGCAGACACAUUUGGAUCACUAUAUCUCAACCCUGAUGGAAUGUUCCCUAACCACAUUCCUAACCCCGAGGACAAAAAAGCCAUGGCCCUAACAAGAGCAGCCGUCUUAGAAAACUCGGCCGACCUCGGAAUCGUCUUUGACACCGAUGUUGACCGGAGUGGUGUGGUUGAUAACAAAGGAAACCCGAUCAAUGGUGACAAGUUGAUAGCUUUGAUGUCUUCCAUUGUGCUUAAGGAGCAUCCUGAAACCACCAUUGUGACCGAUGCUCGAACGAGCAUUGGAUUAUCGAGGAUCAUUACUAAUCGUGGAGGAAAGCAUUGUUUAUAUCGAGUUGGUUAUAGGAAUGUAAUUGAUAAGGGUGUUCAGUUGAAUGAGGAUGACAUUGAAACACACCUUAUGAUGGAGACUUCAGGACAUGGUGCUCUUAAGGAAAACUACUUUCUCGAUGAUGGUGCUUAUAUGGUAGUUAAGAUUAUCAUUGAGAUGGUUCGAAUGAGGCUUUCGGGAUCAAGUGAAGGAAUCGGAAACCUCAUCGAAGACCUUGAGGAUCCUGUGGAGUCUGUAGAGCUAAGGAUGGAUGUUAUUUCAGAGCCAAGAUAUGCAAAGACAAAAGCAGUUGAAGUCAUCGACACAUUUCGAAGAUAUGUGGAGGAAGAUAAACUAGAAGGUUGGAUGCUCGAUUCGUGUGGAGAUUGUUGGGUUGGCGAAGGUUGCCUUGUGGACUUGAAUGAGAACCCUACAGCCAUUGAUGCUCAUAUGUACAGGGUGAAGGUUUUGGAUAACGAGCAAAACGAACAUGGAUGGGUGCACCUGAGGCAGAGUGUUCAUAAUCCAAACAUAGCCGUAAACAUGCAAUCUUCUAUUCCUGGAGGUUGCCGAUCCAUGACUGAAAUCUUCAAGGAUAAGUUUCUUUUUGCCAGCGGUUUAGAUAAGGUCGUCGACACAUCUCAGAUUGAGCAGUAUGUAAAGGAACAUUAGCUAGAACACAGACGGAAUUAGAUGUGUACAGCAAAGUGGUGUAUAUAACAAUUCAUCUUAUGUCAUUGUAUUAUAAUUGUCACGACCUUAUUAAUUUAAAGGUGCAAGUUCCUCGCUUUAAAA